CAGAGUUCUGAGAAGGUUGUCUUGUCAAGGGGAAGUCUGGACAUGAAAGAGCUCACCGGGUAGAAAAAGCACUUGAAUUUGUUCUCCAAGCGUGCGGCAUCAUGAAGCCGUCACCGCGCUUCGGCGUCCCUCUGUGGACUCUUCUGGUCUUCAGCGCCCUCCUCAAGAGCACCCUAGCAGAAUGUAACUCAUCUGUUUGUGAAUCAGGAACAUUAAAUAUAACAACAACAACAACAACAAAUGUCAUGUUUGAACCUGGCCAAAACUGCAACUUAACAGUUGACGGCACAACUAAUGGAAACGGUUUGAUAACUGACCUGACCCCCGGAACUGUGUAUUCAACUACCAUUAACUGUUUAAACUGCUGCAGUGUGUUAGAAAUCACAACAAAGCCAGAAGUGGUCACCGGUCUCACUGUCACUGGUGUCACAACAUCCUCUGUGAUUGUGAACUGGACUAAACCAGUGGGAAACAGCUCUUUCUAUAAAGUGCAGUGGACAAAUGGGAGUGACACAGUAACUCAAACGUUUAAAAACAUUACUGGCCUGAUUCCUGGUAGUCAGUAUGAAAUAAGUGUCACUGCUGUGGCAAAUGACAACCAGACUGAGGGAACAAAAACUGCUGUCACUGUAUACACAAAACCAGGCACAAUUGUGAACCCUACAAUCACCGCAAGCACUUCCUCCAUCUCAUUGAACUGGACCUCCCCUCCUGGUCAGGUGUUCAAAUACAAGGUGGAGUGGAAUCCUUAUGGAACUACAAAUGUUACGUUUACAAAUAAUAACCAUGCCAUAUUAUCAAACCUUAUCCCUGGCACUACCUAUAACAUCAGAGUGACUGCCAUUGCUGGAGAUAAUGAAACAGAAGGAGACCCUUUUAAUUUCAGCUCAUUCACAAGGCCUGAAAAGCCUGGGAACAUUAAUGUUACACGAGAUACCAACAGCUUAAACAUCAGCUGGAUUUUGCCUAAUGGAAAGGCUGAUAACUAUGUGGUCAAUAUAUCAAAUGGAAACGUAAUGUUUAUGAACUCCAGUCAAACACAGGCCACAACAGCCAGUUUUACUAAUUUAAAACCUGGGAGACUCUAUAAUAUUACAGUGACUGCUGUUGCUGGAAACUUCAGGAAUACAUCUGACCAGGUUUCAUUUGCCACAGUUCCUACACCUCCUGGGCCCAUCAUGAUUAGUAACUGGAGCACCUCCUCACUCAGUCUGGCGUGGGCAACACCUGCUGAUAUGAAUGAUGCUCCAGACAUCAAAUACUAUAUCACCUACCAGGCUGUGGGUGGUACCGUUCAAAGCCAAACUUCCACACAACCUAAUACUACGCUAUCUCUCCUCAAUUCUGGAACCAACUACAGUAUAUCAGUAACAACUGCUGGACCUCAAAAUUUAAACAGCACAGUUGUUUACAAUUCUUCUUUUACCUGGCCUGAAAAGCCUGGGAACAUUAAUGUUACACGAGAUACCAACAGCUUAAACAUCAGCUGGACCUUGCCUGGAGGAAGGGCUGAUAAUUAUACAGUCAAUAUAUCAAAUGGAAACAAAAUGACUGCAAUCUCCACUCAAGCCAAUUUUACUAAUUUAAAACCUGGGAGACUCUAUAAUAUUACAGUGACUGCUGUUGCUGGAAACUUCAGAAAUACAUCUGACCAGGUUUCAUUUGCCACAGUUCCCACACCUCCUGGGCCCAUCAUCUUUAGUAACUGGAGCACCUCCUCACUCAGUCUGGCGUGGGCAACACCUACUGAUAUGAAUGAUGCUCCAGACAUCAAAUACUAUAUCACCUACCAGGCUGUGAAUAGUACCAUUCAAAGCCAAACUUCCACACAACCUAAUACUACGCUAUCUCUCCUCAAUUCUGGAACCAACUACAGUAUAUCAGUAACAACUGUUGGACCUCAAAAUUUAAACAGCACAGUUGUUUACAAUUCUUCUUUUACCUUGCCCAAAGCAGUGACCAAUCUUAGAAUGGAGAUAGUGAACACAACCUCCAUCAACCUGACGUGGUCCAGACAAUCUGAUUACAAACCUUUCUACUCCUACCUGGUGACUGCAAGCCUGGAUGGCACGCCGGUCCAGAAUGCUUCAACAAACAUUGAGACCUAUACCUUCUAUAAUCUAGUUCCUGGAAAACUGUACACAUUUUUUGUGUUCACAGUUGUAGAAUGGUUCAAGUCCGAACAGGAAAGCAUACAGAAUUACACAAAGCCUGAAGCAGUCAAAAACAUUACAGCCAUAGGAAGCACAACUAGCCUGUCAGUGAGCUGGCAACAGGUGAACAGCGGGGUCUCUGCAUACAGUGUUGUGCUGUAUAGAGACAUGCAGCUACUGAACAGAACAGAUGUAAGCAAUGAAACUGCAAACACAGUCUUUCUGGGCUUGAACCCAGGAGUGAUCUACUGUGUGCAGUUGGUCACCCAAAGUGGACCUCAAACGAGUAACAGUUCAUCUGUUUGCAACGCAACUUUUCCCAACCCUCCUGGCCCCAUCACAGUGAUAUCUCAGACUGUUAAUUCCAUCAACUUUACCUGGUCCCUUCCAAAAGACAUGGACAAUAUCACGUACAGCUUCACUGUGUCAAAUGGUAGCAGCUUUGUGAAAGAACACAACUGGUUCCUGAUGGAAAAUCUCAAGUCUGGAAGCCCCUACAACAUUUCUGUUGUUACUGUGGGUGCGAUGAACUACAAGAGUACACCAGUGACUACAGUAAACUAUACCAGACCAUAUGCUGUAAGCAAUCUGAAUCAGACAGAAAUAACUACAAAUUCAGUGACCUUGGAGUGGAACCAGCUGGAGAGCUUAUUAAGCUACUCUUAUGAAGUGCAGGUCACCAACGUGUCCGGUGCUAUUUUAAAAGACAUAAUUGUGAAUAUAACAAAGCAAACAAUCACAGAUCUUCGUUCUGGGAGCAACUUCAGCUUCACUGUCACUACACUGACAGCAGAUGGCACUCGUGCAAUUUCUGUGACAGUGUCCUACUUCACACGGCCAUACAGUAUUAGUGAGUUGAAGGCAGAAACCUUAAACACAACUGCUAUACAACUGGGUUGGAUGAAACCACUUGAGUACAGUAAUGACUAUAAAUAUCGGGUUGAGACAACAGGCUGCUCCUCCAAAAACAACACCCUAGAAAAUGAAACCAUAAUCAUAUCAAACCUCAACCCUGGGACCAGCUGUACCUUCUGUGUUUCUGUCAUGGCGGCAAAUGGCAUCGAAGGGGGAAAAAACUGCACCUCUCAGUACACGUACCCCGAGACAGUACAGCCCAAUAUAUCCAGUCGUUCCAAUAGUUCAAUCACAGUGACAUGGACAGCACCUAAAGGAAAUGUGGAACAUUAUAAAGUUUCCCUAAAUGGCAGUGUUGUAGCCCUGAACUCUUCGAAUACCUCCUACCUAUUUGAAUUCCUGUCAGCUGGAAGGACUUACACCAUCAUUUUAUUCACAAUUAGUGGACCCUUCAAUGCAUCAUCUGGACCCAGUACUACUGCCACUAUCCCUAACCCUCCAGGGGCCAUUGAGAUCCUGAGCAAAACAACCAGUUCCAUUUACAUUAGAUGGAAUGACGCACCUCUGAUGACCGGUGCAAACUUCUUCUACCGACUGACUUACACACCAUCCCUGGGAGCAAAUGCCAACAAUAUCAACUCCAUCAGUGCCAGUUAUAAUUUAUCAUCACUGUCAUCUGGGACUUCCUACAACAUCUCUGUGGCAACUGUGGGGGAAUUGGGUUGUGAGAGUGAGAGGGUUCACAUGGACAUGGUCACCACAAGACCACUGAGCGUGCUGGAUCUUAGGAGCACUACAGAAGAGACAGACAUCAUAGUCAUCUGGAACAACCCUGCUGAUUACAAGGAAGGCUAUGAAUAUAUUUUGGCCUGGAGCCCCCCAAAUCAGAACAUCACAAUGAACACCACUAUGUAUAAUAUCUCUAACCUGGUUCCUGGUAGCCGCUAUAACUUUUCUGUAACCACAACGACUGCUGAUAAAACACAGGGUGCACCAGAAUCGAUUUCCAAGUGCACAAAUGCAAGCCCAGUGACAAGCUUAGGCUGCCAAGGUCCAAACAGAACAAAUGCAAAAAUCAUCUUGUCGUGUUCCACACCCCGUGGCCAAAAAACUGGCUUCCAGAUCCUUCUAAACGGAAAUAUCAUUGCAGAUGACCCCUCUUGCAAUUAUACUGUUUCAAACCUUCAAUACUUUACAAAAUAUAAUCUGACUGUGAAGACUCUAAGCUGUGGACAACCCAGCAUUCCUGUGUCUCUUCAGUGUUCAACAGGCAUAACAGUUCCGCCCAAACCAAAUAAUCCUUCUGCCUUGGCGACUGUGAUGAGUUCAAAAUUCAAUAGUUUUAUUAUUCAGAUUGAUUCCGUAAUGUUCAACGACUCUGGGGGACCAAUCACACAAAUUGGGGUGAUGAUAACAAAGACUGAGACUCUCACUGAUUGGGACCCAUACUUGAAUAAAACUUACUCUAACUGGAAAAAUAAUGGCGCUGAUGCUUACCUGGCUACAGUUGUACAGAGACAACAAUCACAGUUGCGCAGCAGUGAAGAUUCUCUGUGGAUAUCGAUAGGAAAUAAAUCCACAUGGGAGGGCUACACGAAUGGUCCUCUGGAUGCCAAAGAAAAAUACAAAUACGCCAUUGUAUUAUACACCCAACUGAACCUGCAAACUGGCCUUGUGGAUAGUCGUAAUUCAUUUUUUGCAAUAAUACCUGCGGGUUCUGUCACUCUCCCUCCAAACCCAGCUGACACUUACAUUGCUAUCGGAGCAGCAGCAGGGGUUUUUCUAAUUCUCUUCAUUGCCCUCAUUGGCUUUAUUAUCUACUGGAAAAGGGUAGCUAAAAAAGAAUCACCAGACAUCCAGAUUCAGUCCUUGAGUCCCAAAGUAAGUGUGCUUGUGAAUGUGGAGAACUUUGAGGCUUACUUCAAGAAGCAGAAAGCAGACUCCAACUGUGGCUUUGCAGAAGAAUUUGAGGACUUGAAAGUUGUUGGCACUGGUCAGGCAAAAAUACACGCACUGCAUCCGGAGAACAAGCCUAAGAACCGCUAUAACAAUGUCCUUCCAUAUGAUUCUUCUAGGGUGAAACUUUCAAUUAUCCAUGGAAGUCCUUAUGAUGAUUACAUCAAUGCUAACUACAUGCCGGGUUACAACUCGAGGAAGGAGUUUAUUGCCGCUCAGGGUCCUUUACCCACCACAGUCGACGAUUUCUGGAGGAUGAUCUGGGAGAAGAAUGCGCAGACUCUGGUCAUGCUGACACGCUGUAAUGAACAGGGACGAGUAAAAUGUGAGCAGUACUGGAAUUCUCGCACUAUGAAAUGUGGCAACAUCAUUGUGACAGCAAGGUCUGAAAUACCACUUGAAGACUGGACCAUCAGGGACUUUGACAUUAAAAAUGUGAAAACAGCAGAAACCCGAUCAGUUCGGCACUUCCACUUCACAGCUUGGCCAGAUCACGGGGUGCCACAAACCACAGAGCUCCUCAUCAGCUUCAGGCAUUUAGUCAGAGAGCACAUGGACCGACACUCCCAACACUCACCUGCUGUCGUCCACUGCAGUGCUGGUGUGGGGCGCACAGGUACCUUCAUAGCCAUUGACCGCCUGAUCUUCCAGAUUGAAAGAGAAAAUACUGUAGAUGUGUAUGGCAUUGUUCACGAUCUGCGCAUGCACCGACCCCUUAUGGUGCAAACAGAGGACCAGUAUGUGUUCUUAAACCAGUGUGCCUUGGACAUCAUCCGGUCAAGAACGGGGACCAACGUGGAUCUAAUCUAUCAAAACGCCUCUGCAAUCUAUGAGAAUAUAGACCCAAAAAGAGGGAUUCCCAAAAACGGGUUAUACAACGCAUAGGCCUUGGAAGUCCAUCAGUUCAUCCGUCAUUUUCUUCACUUAUACAAAGAAACUGAGCAAAUAUCUGUGAAGUGGAAGCUUUGAACACAUUUUUCUGUAUUUAUUUUUAUUGUUUUCAGGCUUUGAAUAAUAGUCACCUAGGUUCCUGGAUUCAAACACAUAUUUUAUUAUAUUUAUUUGUUAAAAUUUAUGAAUGUUCUAAGUGAAGGAAACUGUAUGUAGAGAUGCAAUAAUGGAUUAUCUAUUUUGGACUCUUUCCUUUAAUUACAUAUUUUUGUACUCAGAUGUUUUAUAAAUUCUUCUUCCUUACUACUGUAUAUAACUCACUGAUGAUUACAUCUUUUUGCUCAGGUAGUGUGAUGGAUGCUGUACAGACAUUUUUUGAUCAAGAAAAACUUGUAAUGAAUCUUUGCCUUGUAUAAAACAAAUGCUGGUACGAAUACGUUGUGCCUUUGAACAACCUGCUUUAACACCAAUAGGUGGCACUCUUAUGUUUUUAAAUGAAAAAGACAAAUGUCUUAAAUUCAGCCAUCUGUUUUUGCAUAUCUUAAGCCAAUAUGAACUCUGCAAUGCAUUUAAAUGAAGGAGUCUUUUGCACAUGUAUGCGCUGUAUUGUGAAUAAUGCACUGGAUGCAUUUGCCUUCUACACUGUCUACUACAGAGAUGUUUUUAUCCAUAGCAUUAAUGUUGUGGCCUGUGCUUUGUGAAACUGUUAGGAUUUUUGCUCUAUACACCCAACAAUUUUAUGCUUGCAAUUUUACUCAGUAUACAGCUCAGGAAUUCAGUGAAAACUGAACAUGUUCCUAGCAUCUAUGGUUUUAGUACUUUGAGGAACUUUGUCCAUUGUUUUAUCCUCAUUCUCAACAUUGUGCAUUCCUCACAGAAGCUGCAAUGUUUUGUCACUUCCUGCUACAUAUCCAGUCCUUGUAUGGACAUAUCCUGUGAUGUUAAAAGGGCCAGAAAAACACAGGCAUUCAAAGCACAGCAUUUUCCAUGAGGCAGGUACUUUUUUUUUUUUAAGAGAAAUUAAUUUAAGAGUUAUCCAUGUCCAUGUUGUAUUUUUAGUAUCUCAUAGUGUAUUUAAUGCAAUUGUAAACAUUUGUGUUUAAAAUGAAAAAUAUAAUUAUUCACAAGGAUUUAUGAUGUCUUUGAAAAUGAUGCUUGCUGGUAAUAUAUAAAAUAUGUGUGUGUGACAAGGAUUCAAAAUUUGUAUAACCUUCAAACUCUCAAAUGAAAUGGGAUUAAAAAUUCUACAAUAUCAUGA